AUGAACAAUCAGUCAAGAGUAGAAUUUAUUCUCCUGGGACUGACUGAUGAGCCACAUCUGCAAAUUGUGAUUUUUAUAUUCCUCUUUCUAAACUAUAUGUUUAGUGUGAUGGGGAACUUAUCCAUAAUCCUCCUUACCUUGUUGGAUCCCCGUCUCAAGACUCCUAUGUAUUUCUUUCUGCGAAAUUUCUCCUUCCUAGAGGUUUCAUUGACAACAAUCUGUAUUCCCAGAUUCCUGAUGUCCAUACUGACUAAAAACAAAAUUAUUUCUUAUAAUGGUUGUGCAUCUCAGUUAUUCUUUUUCCUCUUAUUUGGAGUUACAGAAUUUUACCUACUGGCUGCCAUGUCUUAUGAUCGUUAUUUAGCAAUCUGCAAACCUCUCCAUUACCCAAUCAUUAUGAGCAACAAAGUAUGCUACCAACUCGUACUCAGUUCAUGGACAGCUGGCUUUUUGAUUACCUUUCCACCACUGGUCUUGGGACUGAAACUGGAAUUUUGUGCUUCCAACGUCAUCGAUCAUUUCAUAUGUGACACUUCCCCUGUGCUGCAGAUUUCUUGCACAGACACUCAUUUCCUAGAAUUAGUUUCAUUUGUGUCAGCUGUUGUAACACUUGUGCUCACAUUGCUGUUAGUGAUUCUUUCCUAUGCAUGUAUUAUCAAGACCAUCCUAAAGAUCCCCUCCACUCAAAAAAGAACAAAGUCUUUUUCCACUUGUUCUUCCCAUAUGAUUGUAGUCUCCCUUACUUAUGGUAGCUGUGUCUUUAUUUACAUGAAGCCAUCAGCAAAGGAGAGGGUGACUUUAUCGAAAGGUGUAGCUGUUAUCUAUACCUCAGUUGCCCCUUUAUUAAAUCCUUUCAUUUAUACUCUAAGGAACCAGCAAGUAAAACAAGCCUUCAAGGACACACUCCAAAAGAUUUUCUUUUUCUUCAAAAAAUGA